AUACACACGUGCUUAUGGCCUAUCGCGGCGCCUGCGCGGUCGUAGCCUGCAGUUCGCCCUUAGGACAGACGCCUGUCGCACCUUGACUCCCGCUGUCCGCUCGAGCCGGUCUGUGCUCAGUGUCUUGUGCACAUCCUUGCAAGCGUCGGCGCCAUGAGUAUGACUUCCAGCGUACGAGUUGAAUGGAUUGCAGCGGUUACCAUUGCUGCUGGGACAGCUGCAGCUGGUUAUCUAGCUUACAAAAGAUUUUAUGUCAAAGAUCAUCGCAACAAAUCUAUGGUAAAUCCUCACAUCCAGAAAGACAACCCCAAGGUAGUACAUGCUUUUGACAUGGAGGAUUUGGGAGAUAAAGCUGUGUACUGCCGUUGUUGGAGGUCCAAGAAGUUCCCACUCUGUGAUGGCUCUCACACAAAACACAAUGAAGAAACUGGAGACAACGUGGGACCUCUGAUCAUUAAGAAAAAAGACACUUAAAUGGACACUUUUGAUGCUGCAGACCAACCUGUCAUCAUGUUUCCUGAUCGUUUAAUUAGAAUGAGUACCACUUGUGUCUAAUUCACCUCCCCUGGGUUCUAGAUGUGGUAUAUUGCAAACUACAGCUUUCAUAUUCACGGCAUUUGCCUUACUUGUUGAACCAUCGUGGUGCACAUUUGUUGAAACAAAAAAAACAAGGAAAAAGGAAAAUCCAAUCUCAUGGACUGUGGGUUAUUUUGGUCUUGUAAGGAUCCAUUUCUUUACAUUUAAAAAUGGCGUUACAAUAUAGUUGUAUGGCGAAGUUAACGUAUUAAAUUAUUCUCAAAAUCAUGUAUGUGCAGAUUGUACUUGUAAGUU